AUGAAUCACGGUUUUGGAGAAGAUCAAUUUUUUUGGUCAUCUGGAAGCAGUUCAGAUGACUCAUCAGAUGAUGGUGGUGUUGAUGAAUACUACUGGGAGAAAACAAUUACAUCAGGCUACACUGCAUGCCGAAAUGUUCUUCAUUUUCCAAUGGAAGUUUGUAGGUUCUGUCGCUUUUUCUCUUCACAGAUAGAUUUGUGUGAUUAUGAUACAGGACUUAUACAUGAAUGCAUCAUCCUCAGUGCAACUCGUAAUAGUGAAGAGGCGUUGUAUAUAGGGGAGGGGUGGUACCAAUUUGCAAGGAUGAAAAGACUUAGGAGAGGUGAUCGGUUAGGUUUUACCAUUUCGCGGUUUCCGUAUAGGUUGUACGUGACAUUGUUGAAACGUUGA